AUGAAGAUUAACGUUGAUGUGGAUGACUUGAAACUUGAAGAACAGAAUAUGCAGACUGGCAUGUUGACAACAGAGUCUUUCAGAUGCAGAGAAGUUCAGCAGCCUAGGGCAUCUGCCACAACAGCUGCAUCUGGAAGUGUGUCCUAUCAACAGACAGAAGAUCUCCGUGCUCUAAAAGCGAAAACCUUUCUAUCAAUUAUUAAAGAUUCUUUCUACAACACAAAUCCACAGUCCAUUGAAGAGUGCAUUCAAUUCAUGGAAUACGCAAAAGGAAUGAAGUACAUUAUUACUGAUGUUAAUGAAGGAAGUUUGGUCAUAACGGUGAAGUGUGAAUCUCUAAUGAUCUUGGAGGAGUUGUGGACAGAUUACUCAUCUGGUCAUCUUGGUGAAGUGGUUCAGAAUUGUUUUGUAACUGAGAAGAUCUUGAAGGAACUGAACCUGGCUGAGCUGAGGCUGAAGACAACAAUGGAUGUAGAAGAGUACAAUGCAUGCAAAAUGUUCUUUGAGAAAGGUGCACUUAGAGGUUGGUAGAAAUAAUGUAACAAGGUCUGGUCCUAUCAUAAAGUGUUUGUUAAGGGUUUUGGAUGGAAUUCAUCAGUCUUUCAACAUGAAGUAUGGUAAGGUACAUGUCAUUAAGGGAUGGGUCCAUCUUUUUAUCAAGAUUUAGGGAACUUGUGUCUUGAAUAAACUCUUGCAGACUACAGUAUGUAAACCAUGCCAAUGCAAGAAGUACUGUAUUUUGUACUGUAUUUUGUUUGCACGACAUUUCAUUUGAUGUUUUGUUCUUCUCAAAAAUCUCUUCCCAGUAACCCGUCCUGUGGACGGAUUUAUGAAACGUUCUAGUCGCCAAUUUGGCGACUAACUUUCAGGAUUUGGUCGCCAAAGUGAAAAAUUUAGUCGCAUUGGCGCCUGUAUUAGGCGCAAUUUCACGCCCUGAAUGAUGUAGUUGAGAUAGAUUUUGUACACAGUAUGUAAUCUGUUAAUUACAUGUUGGUUUGACCUGUUAUCAUGUUGCUAUUAAAAGUAACACCAUGAAUUCCUCUUUGUACUUUUCCCCUUAAGGUUGACUCCCAUUACUGUGGACACCCUCGGGGGGAGAUUAAGUGUCUGUAAUAGCAAAAAGUUUGUAAUAAUGGGGUACAAGAGAAAUAAACAUUUGUUUUGUUUCUUAACAUGUUAAAUAAAGUUUCCACAAACCAGAAAAAGAUCUGGUUUACACCCAAUUGAAGAAUGGUUUCUUUUUCCCUUUUUCAUAAUGUUGGUUCAUAGUAUAUAUGCUAGUCAUGAUUUUGGACAAAGUAAAUAAGUGUCUGUUAUAGCAAGAGAAAAAACAAGUGAAAAGUCAUACUCGGGGGCAGGAAAGAGUCUGCAUUAUUGCAAUAGCAAGAGUCUGUUAUAGAUGGAAUUUAUUUCAGUCAUUUUUGUAGGUGUUUCUCUAGGGGCUGGCUCUUGUCUGCAGUGGCAAGGUGUCUGUAAUGGUGAGGUGACCACAGGGCUAGAGUCAACUGUAGAUUAAUCCAAAUUUGGCAUUGUCAUUUCCUUUCUGUCUGGUUGUAUUUAUCUUUGGUUCCAAAUAUAAAGAAAAUAAAACAAGCUAAAAUAAAAAUUGGCAAGAUUUUAGUUGAAGGAGCUAUAAAAGAAAAUGAUACCUGUAUUUGUGUGUGGGGUUUUUAUAAAAAUGAUUUGAGGUACGUUGUAUGGUUAUGAAUGUCACUAUUUAGUGGUUGCCUCAUUAUUUGUUUUCUUUUAAAUCUGAUUUUAGGUGCCUCAUCUUCUGAAUUCCACUCCAUAAGUUCAACCAUUGAAAGGCCAAAAAGACUAGCAGAGCUGAACAAAUGGAAACAGAAGACAAAGAUUGUUGAGACAGAGAAACUGAAAGGUGAAAACAAAAUUAAAAGACGUAUUAAGUUGUUAAGGAAAGUUGCUGUGAACAGUAAUAACAAUUUAUUAUUUGACAAAGCUUUGAAGAAUUAUCUCAAUGCAGUAAUGUGGCAUUGGUAUUAUUUUAGAAAAAAACUUAUAGGAAAAGCACAGGGAAGGAAAGGUGAACAGGAAGCUCAGUUUGAAUUGAUUUCUAAAGUGGAUAUGUUCCGUGUGUUCAGCUAUAAUGUCAAGUGUGAAGAAGUGUGCUUUUGGGACUAGAUAUUUAAGGUUGCUAGGGUUUAUAGGGUAAAACUAAACUGACAAUUAUUUGAAAUACUCUCAGUUCUUCAUUAAAAAGAUUAAUUUGAAAGAAAUUAAAACCCAAUUUAGUUUUCCCUAAAUUUCGUAUUUAAGGUAAAUUUCAUGCACUUUAUAGAGAUGGUCAUGUGACUUACUGUAUGUGUGUAUUUGAAAUGGAUGUUUUGAAGAGCUUUUUUAAAUCUAUCCUUAUAGCUACAAGUUGGUAUGCUUGUUUUUAACUAUUUAUCAGUAGCAAUGCUAAUCUCUCCAUGUAUAACUUUGUUUUUAGGCAUGUUUCCUCUCCCUGGUUCUUCCACCUCUGAUUCUGAAGAAGAACUAGAAGAGCAACAAAUGAAACUUCAAAGAAUGGAAGGUGAAUAAAAGAUGCUGUUAAAUUAACUUUAAUAGUAAAACUGAACUAAGCAUGCUUUUAAAUACAAGUAGUUCUCAUUCAAAAUAUUUUUUUUGAAAGGAAAUUACACCCAAUGUAGUUUGCCAUCACUCUGUGUUUUGCUAUAAGAGGAUGUUAUGGUAGUAGAGGCUGGUUGGUGAAACAGUGUUUAAUGAUAAACUUAGUUUUUCCAGUGUUGAUCUUAAAUCAUCUAAAAAACUGACUGUGGUGUAGUUUAGAUAGAUUUUGUACACAGUAUGUAAUCUGUUAAUUACAUGUUGGUUUGACCUGUUAUCAUGUUGCUAUUAAAAAUAACACCAUGAAUUCCUCUUUGUACUUUUCCCCUUAAGGUUGACUCCCAUUACUGUGGACACCCCGGGGAGAUUUAGUGUCUGAAAUAGCAAAACGUUUGUAAUAAUGGGGUACAAGAGAAAUAAACAUUUGUUUUGUUUCUUAACAUAUGAAAUAAAGUUUCCACAAACCAGAAAAAGAUCUGGCUGUAAGCAGAAAAUUUCAUAUGUUUACACCCAAUUGAAGAGUGGUUUCUUUUUCCCUUUUUCAUAAUGUUGGUUCAUAGUAUGCUAGUCAUGAUUUUGAACAAAGUAAAUAAGUGUCUGUUAUAGCAAAGAGAAAAAUGAGUGAAAAGUCAUACUGGGGGCAGGAAAGAGUCUGCAUUAUUGCAAUAGCAAGAGUCUGUUAUAGAGGGAAUUUAUUUCAGUCAUUUCUGUAUGUGUUUCUCCAGGGGCUGGCUCUUGUCUGCAGUGGCAAGGUGUCUGUAAUAGUGAGGUGACCACAGGGCUAGAGUCAAUUGUAGAUUAAUUCAAAUUUGGCAUUGUCUCAUUCUCUACUUUAGCUAAAGAUGGUAAUGAGUUGGCAUGCAGUAAAAAUACAUAAUAGUUGUUUUCAACAACGAUCAUUGGAGUUAUAAUAGAGAACGAAGACUAUUUCACUUUAACAUGACUAUAAUUUGCUGUUUGCACAUGUAUAACUAUUGUUAUCUUUUCUGUGUAAAAUAAGACACUAAAUUUUGAAAAGCUCUGUAUACCUUUGCUCCCAGGUUUGUAUUUGAAAUGGAUGUUUUGAAGAGCUUUUUUAAAUCUAUCCUUAUAGCUACAAGUUGGUAUGCUUGUUUUUAACUAUUUAUCAGUAGCAAUGCUAAUCUCUCCAUGUAUAACUUUGUUUUUAGGCAUGUUUCCUCUCCCUGGUUCUUCCACCUCUGAUUCUGAAGAAGAACUAGAAGAGCAACAAAUGAAACUUCAAAGAAUGGAAGGUGAAUAAAAGAUGCUGUUAAAUUAACUUUAAUAGUAAAACUGAACUAAGCAUGCUUUUAAAUACAAGUAGUUCUCAUUCAAAAUAUUUUUUUUGAAAGGAAAUUACACCCAAUGUAGUUUGCCAUCACUCUGUGUUUUGCUAUAAGAGGAUGUUAUGGUAGUAGAGGCUGGUUGGUGAAACAGUGUUUAAUGAUAAACUUAGUUUUUCCAGUGUUGAUCUUAAAUCAUCUAAAAAACUGACUGUGGUGUAGUUUAGAUAGAUUUUGUACACAGUAUGUAAUCUGUUAAUUACAUGUUGGUUUGACCUGUUAUCAUGUUGCUAUUAAAAAUAACACCAUGAAUUCCUCUUUGUACUUUUCCCCUUAAGGUUGACUCCCAUCACUGUGGACACCCUCAGGGGGAGAUUUAGUGUCUGAAAUAGCAAAACGUUUGUAAUAAUGGGGUACAAGAGAAAUAAACAUUUGUUUUGUUUCUUAACAUAUGAAAUAAAGUUUCCACAAACCAGAAAAAGAUCUGGCUGUAAGCAGAAAAUUUCAUAUGUUUACACCCAAUUGAAGAGUGGUUUCUUUUUCCCUUUUUCAUAAUGUUGGUUCAUAGUAUGCUAGUCAUGAUUUUGAACAAAGUAAAUAAGUGUCUGUUAUAGCAAGAGAAAAAAUGAGUGAAAAGUCAUACUGGGGGGCAGGAAAGAGUCUGCAUUAUUGCAAUAGCAAGAGUCUGUUAUAGAGGGAAUUUAUUUCAGUCAUUUCUGUAUGUGUUUCUCCAGGGGCUGGCUCUUGUCUGCAGUGGCAAGGUGUCUGUAAUAGUGAGGUGACCACAGGGCUAGAGUCAAUUGUAGAUUAAUUCAAAUUUGGCAUUGUCUCAUUCUCUACUUUAGCUAAAGAUGGUAAUGAGUUGGCAUGCAGUAAAAAUACAUAAUAGUUGUUUUCAACAACGAUCAUUGGAGUUAUAAUAGAGAACGAAGACUAUUUCACUUUAACAUGACUAUAAUUUGCUGUUUGCACAUGUAUAACUAUUGUUAUCUUUUCUGUGUAAAAUAAGACACUAAAUUUUGAAAAGCUCUGUAUACCUUUGCUCCCAGGUUCUUCAUCUCCCCCUCAUCUCUCCACCACUGAUCUUGUAGAAAAGCUAGAGAGAGUAUGUGAGAACCUUGAGAUGCUAAGAAUGGAAGGUGAAAAGAAAAAUUCAUUUCUUAUCAUUUUUAGGGAGAAACUGAUCCAAGAAUGCUGUCCAUAAAGUUUGCUUAGGUUUAAAAUGAGCUAACAUAUUAAAUAGGUAAAAACCAAAUAUUUUUGACACUAGGUCAUCAUCAGGGUGAUGAUGACCUAGUGUUGAAAAUGUUUGGUUUUUAUUACUUUUUAAAUAUUUUAGCCAUGUAAAUAGCUCAAUGCCUUUAAAUAUUUUCACUUUUUUUUCUAGUAAAUUCCUCUGAGAGAAAUUAUUCCUUAUCUGAGAUUUUAACCUUUUCCUGUCUUUAUUUUCAUCCAAGAAUACUGUUCAAUGCUCUCAGCUUUACUCAGUAACUUAGUUUAGUUAAGGAACAUAUUUUCAAGUCAGUUUUGCCACUGUACAUGUAAAUCCAUAAUUUCAGUUAAAAGUAGUAUGGAAUUGGCUGUGGCAUGUGAUAAUGAAACAAUACUUAGAUAGCUAAUUUCAUUGUUCUCUCUCUUGACCUCAAUAGAUGUUAUUAUGCCUUUACUUUUUAUAUCAGGUUAGGAACUAUGUGCUAAAUAUAUUUCUGUGUACAUUUGCUCUCAGGUGGAUUUCCUUUCUUUCAAUUUUCAACCAUUGAGAAUAAAUUAGUUGAACUAUGGGCGGAGCUUCAGAGGCCCAGAAUUGAAGGUGAAUAUAAAGUGUUUAUUGAUUCAUUAUCAGAGAGAAAUAAAUCCAAGAAUGCUAUUAAAGGCUUUAACCCUUGUAUCGAAUUAUCACUUUUAAAGGAAAAUUAUUUCUUAUUUUAAAGAACCUGUUAUCUGAUUUUAUUACUAUUGAACAGAUGAAUGCUUCCACUUCUUAUUCUAAUUAUAUACAUUUUCAAGGGAAACUAUUCCUUAGUAAAGAUAACCCAGCUUCCUUUAUAGCUAAUUAGUGAGAUUGCUGUCCUAUACUUUCAGGUAUUAUGUAAAGUGUUAGCUUUUAUAGGAAUUUUUUCUUAAUUUAGUUUUUGUUAAUUCUGUGCUGUGGUGAAAGGGAAUAUUAAGUUGGCUGUGGCUUAUUAUGAUGAAACAAUUUUUCUAAAUGGUUGAUUUCAACAAUGACCAUAGAAGAUUAAUCAGAAAACUGACACUAUAAUAAUAAUAAUAGUUAUUGUGCUAUCACAUGACUGUAACACAAUGUACAGCGUUAGUCUAAUGCCUGUUUUUAAUCAUUUAUGUGAAGUAAGGCACUGAAUGCUAAAAACAUUGUAUCCUUUUAUUAACCUUUCCUUUCAGGUACUUUGCUUCCCCCUGAACUCGUUAUUGCUGAUCUUGAAGAUGAACUAAAAGGACUACGUAACAAACUUACUAUACUCAGAAUGAAAGGUGAGUGAAACAUGUGUAUUGGCUCCGUUGAACAGGGCAAAAGAAAUAUGGAAAGUGAUGUAAGGAAAUGGUUGCUCCAGUAUUUUAGGCUUUUUUUAAGUUAGAAGCUGAAAGCUUUUAGUUUGUCAUGGAGGACACCUAAUUGUAUUUUAUUAUAUAGAUACUGAUGAAAUACCAGGAUUUUUUAUUUUACUAAAAAGUCAUAUCUUCAUCGCACGCAGUGAAGAUACUAUUUUUAUCUUUCAUGUGUGAGGAUAGUAAUGUCGCCAUGGUUACUAACAUGAUUAGCCAAUUACAAGAGAGUUUCCCGCUCAGACCAGUUCUUUUGCUGUUAUAGAAUUUUUCCCUUCUUCAUUAGAAUUUUGACUUUUUGGAACAGAAAAUAUAAAUGUUAUUGUCUUUAUUUCUCCUUUAUAACUUUAUAUCCCAGUUUCAUAACAUUUUUAUGACAGGCAUUUUGCGAUAGGUGACCACUUUAAUUGCACUAUUUUGCUGUUUCGAAAAUGAAUUUUAAAAAAGUUGUCUUUUAUGUAGGAAUUUCAUCAGUAUCUUUAGAAUAAACAGCACAUUGCAUGACCGCUUGAGGAUACGAAUUUUAUCUUCUCGUGCAGAAAGUAUUUCUCACGAGUGAGCUCCGCUGAGAAAUACUGUCAGCACGAGAAGAUAAAAUUCGUAUCCCCAAGUGGCCAUGUAAUAUCCUCUAUAUCUUCUCUUAAAUAUCUAAGCCCUGCAUGCAACUUACAAAACAUCUGCGCCAAUCAUUACGUGUUAAAACAUGGAAUGGUGUGUAUCUACUCCAUAUUUAAGAUAACCCCUCCUCUUAUAUAAUGCUUUCAACCAAGAAUGCUGUUAAAUUCUCUAAACCAUUUUGCUGUUUACUUCUUCUCUCAGGUAGAUCACGUCCCCUUGUUUCCACCAUUCAAGUAGAACUCGGCGAACUACUCAAGCAACUUCGGAAAUGGAGGAAGGAAGGUGAAUAAAUAAUGCACAUUUAGAGAGAAAAUAAUCGAAGUUGAAUGGUAUUAAAAUACUUCCAGUUCCUUGUAGAAUUACAUUACUGCUCACGUAUACGUUAACCGAAAAAGGGAAAAAUAAAACGCAUGCAAUUGCGAAUAAUGUGCGCGUCAAAAAAUCGCACGUGCGCGCAUAAGCUUGAUACGUCUGCCUUAGUAGUAUCUACGAGGUGGUCCUUUUGUUUUUCUAUUGUUGGCGGUUUACCGUCUUAAAGAAUAGACUAUGAUGUAAUAGCACUAAAAUACAACACGGCUACCAACGACAAGCAAACUUGUUCGUUUCAAUCACCUUUCUAAACGACCUUCCCGAUAUGCCGUUACAAACUACUGCGACUUCGUAAUCGGAAUAUAUAAAUAAUUUAUCAUUUUCCAACUGAAUUGUUUUAUCAAAAUAGCUAUUUGUCACUCGGUUAAGAAAAAAAAACAUCCGUCACAACGGCUUGGCAAUUCAAAAUAAAUUUACUCUCAGUGUAUCGUAAUUAGAAGCAGUUGAAGAAUCGGCUAAGGCGUCCGUUUGUAACCAGUUGUCGCGUUCUUAAUGCAAACCCACGCGCGAAUGUUUAUUUCAUAGCUUUAUCAUCGAUGAACAUGCUGUUCUCGAAAACCGGUUCGUUCAUCGCGCCAUUUAUUAAAAAACUAAUAAGUUCCACUAAUUUAUUUUAAUGGUGUUGUUUAAUGGUGUUGUUGAAAAAAAUUAAUCAUUAACUAAAACAAAAAUAAUUGAUUAGAUGAGAAAAAUAUCACAGUGAAUUUUAUGGGAAAUAUUAAAGGAAAAAGAAUAGUAGGAAAAAGAACUGUAGGACUGAUUUAGACAACCAAAAAAAAAGUAUUUUAAGCUUUCUGAAUGUCUAAUAAAAAAUAUAUAUAUAUUUAAUAUAAUUAAUACAUUAAUAUAAUAAAUAGAUCCUUAAAACAUUGUCAAAAGUUAUAUAUUUCGGCAAAACGAUACGAUUUCGUUACUUCAGUCGACGGCCCAAAGGUUAAACUAUGAAUGAAGCGCUGACAACUAGACUUUACUUAUUAAAGAAUACAAGGAAAUUUAGAUCUUGUCAUAAGCUGUCAUAAAAACUUACAAUAAAAUCACGUGUCGUGCACCGUCAAUAAAUGAUUCGAAAAACGGAAACAUCGGAGCUUUUUUUUUUUCCCUUUUAUUCGGGGUUUUUAUUGAAUAAGGGCGACAGUUCUUUUUCCUUUAAUAUUUCCCAUUAAAUUGACUGCAAUAUUUUUCUUAUUAUUGUUUUUUUGGUUAAUGAUUAACUCUUUCCCGCUUUUUCACUCGUGGUCAUUUUCCGCUGUUCUGUGUUUUAGGAUUUAGGGUCAUUUUCAGUAAAAUUUCCGCACAGCCUCAUACUACACUAUGCAUUCUGUUCUUGGAUAGAGAAAACAACGACAAAAACAAUACAUUGCCAUUAGGAAAACAGAUUUGUUUUACAAUAGUAUGGGGCUGUUUUACCUCAUUUUCCGCCAUUCCGCCGUUCGGCCGUUCCGGCUUUUAUGGUUGCCCGAGAUUAGGAAGCAAUAUUAGUGAGUAUUCGCUUCGUUACUCGCUUAAUUAUAUCCGUGUUUCGAUGCCUUUUGUAAGUGACAUUUUCCUUCCCAGCUAAUUCAUCAACAACUCAAAUCAAGCAAAUCUUCUGUUACUACUCGUUAUUCCGUAAAUUCGCGAAGCGAUGCGACACGCGUCAGUGUAGCAUUAUAGCUUUUUUCGUUAUGUAAAUUUUCCGUUGUCGACUCGUCUCAUUUUCAAACCUAAAAGUUCUUUGUUUACACACCAAUGUAAUGCAAAGGAUACUUAUAGCACUGAAUAACAAAGGCACAUGAGUUGCACAUUUUUUGCCACCGUGCGCGCAAAACAGUCGUAUAUGUGCGCCUGACUACCGUGCGUCUGAGCAUAUGUAAUUCGUCUGAGCAUAUGUAAUUCGUCUUCGCAGUUAACACAUACGCGAGGGGUACUGUAUCAUUCAUAACUCUGAGAGACUACAAACCGAACUUCGUUGACAAACCGACCUGCCGACUAAUCAACCCCACCAAAUCCGAGAUUGGCAGAAUCAGCAAAGCAAUCCUCGACAGAAAAUCACGAGAGCAACACGGCAUCUGUGAUCGAGUGGUUUAAAGCCAUUAAAAACAAAAACAAAAAACACAGUUUUAUUUACUUUGACAUCGAAGAAUUAUAUCCCUCCAUUAGCCAAGACCUCCUGAACAGAGUACUCGACUUUGCUUCAGCCUACGACGUCACCAACGACGAAGAAACAUCAUGUAACACAUGCAAAACAGUCGAUCCUUAUGCACAAACAGCAACCUUGGUAAAAGAAGGUCGAUACAACAUUUGACGUCCCAAUGGGCAGCCACGACGGUGCUGAAACAUGCGAGCUUGUAGGAAGCCUUUCCUCCUUUCCCAACUUCGAAACAUCAACAUAAGACUUUACUGAAACGACGGACUGGCCUUUUCAAACGCCACACCGAGAGAAACAGAUAACAGAAAAUUUGCCGAGGUUUUUUCGACGAAGCGUCGUAAGAAGUUGUUUCGUGAUGGUAUAGGAAUAUUCAACCAUCGCAGAACGAUUUCUCACAACGCCUCGUCGAAAAAAUCGAGUAGUUUCUACGCACAAUGCACUGGAAAGCUUACUUCUUCUUCAACUUUGAUACGACCACUCGCUCUUAAGACACAUACGACUUCAAGUCUACCAAGAACCCUUCUCGGAUCGACUAGUUAAAGGAAUCUGUAGAUGACAUGCUAAAGAUGAUAUUUACAAAACAUUUUAAACAUGUAGACUGAACAGUUUUUCAGUUAUUCUCAACAGAUUUUUUUCGGUUUUAUAGCAUUUUUGUUCAAAUAAAGGUAAUCUGCUUUUUCUUUUAGAAAAGGAAAAAUCAAACAUUUUCAAUACUUUUGGUAAUCAUCACCAUGAAGAUUAAAUAUUCUAGCCAUGUAAAUAGCUCAAUGGCAUUAAACGUUUUGAUAUUUUUUCCAGUAAAUACUUUUAAAAGAAAUUAUUCCCUACCUGAGAUAUUAACCUUUUUCUGUCUUUACUUCCAUCCAUAAAUACUGUUAAAUGUUCUCAGCUAUUAUUCAGCAACUUAGUUUUGGUUAGGAACAUAUUUUCAAUUCAGGUUUGCCUCUAAAUCCAUAAUUUUAGUCAAAGGUAGUAUCAAGUUAACUGUGGCAUGUGAUAAUGAAGAAAUACUUAAAGAUAGCUUAUUUCAUUGUUCUUUCCCAAGACCUGUAUACAUGAUAUGCUUUAAAUUUUCAUAUCAGGUGAGGCACAAAGUGCUAAAUAUAUUUCUGUGUACCUUUGCUCUCAGGUAGUUUUCCUGUCCUUAAAUUUUCAACCAUUUGUCUUGAGGAAACACUAGCUGGACUAUGCAGGCUGCUUCAGAGGCUCAGAAUGAACGGUGAAUAUAAAAUGUUUAUCGAUUCAUUAUCAGAGAGAAAUAAAUCCAAGAAUGCUAUUAAACACCCCUGUAUCAAAUCAUCACUUUUCGAGGGAAAUUAUUCCUUAUUUAAAAGAACCUGUUGUCUGAUUUUAUUCUAUUGAUGAAUGCUUCCACUUCUUCUUCAAAUCAUACAUUUUCAAGGGAAACUAUUCCUAAGUAAAGAUGACAUCUCCUCCUUUACAGUUAUUAAGUGAGAUUGCUGUCUUAUACUUUUGGCUAUUAUGUAAAGUGUUAGCUUUUAUACGGAAUUUUUCUUAAUUUAGUCUUUGCUAAUUCUGUGCUGUAUUAAGUUGGCUCUGGCUUAUUAUGAUGAGAGAACUUUUCUAAAUGGUUGAUUUCAACAAUGACCAUAGGAGAUUAAUCAGAAAACUGACACUAUAACUGUGCUAUCACAUGACCCCAACACAAUGUACAGUGCUAGUUAAGUACCUGUUUUUAAUCAUUUAUGUGAAGUAAGGCACUGAAUGUUAAAUACAGUGUAUCCUUCUGUUUUCCUUUCCUUUCAGGUACUUUGCCUCCCCCUGAACUCUUAACUGCUGCUCUUGAAGAAAAACUAAAAGAACUACUCAAAGAACUUGAGAGACAAAGAGAUAAAGGUGAGUGAAACAGGUGUAUUGGCUCCAUUGAACAGGACAAAAGAAAUAUGGAAAGUGAUGCAAGGAAAUGGUUGCAUUAGUAUUUUACGCUUGUUUUUCUAAGUAACAAGCUGAAAGGUUUUAGUUUGUCAUAUAGGACUCCUAAUUAUAUUAUCUUCCCUCAAAUAUCUAAGUUCUGCAUGUAACUUGCGAAAUAUCUCCACCACUCAUUACAUGUUAAAACAUGGAAUGAUCUAACCCCUCCUCUUAUAUAAUGCUAUCAACCAAGAAUGCUGUUAAAUGCUUUAUACCAUUUUGCUACCUUCUCUCAGGUAGUUUACCUCCCACUUUUUCCACCAUUGAAGUAGAAGUAGACGAACUACUCAAGAAAUUUCAGAAAAGGAGGAUGGAAGGUGAAUAAAUAAUGCACAUUUAGAGAAAAUAAUUGUAGUAGAAUGCUAUUUAAAUAUUUCCAGUUCCUUGUAGAAUUACAUUACCGCUCGUGUAUACAUUAACCAAAAAACGCGAAUAAAACGCGCCAAAAAUCGCAUGCAAAUGCGAAUUUAAAAAAAUGUGCGCGUCAAAAAAUUGCACAUGCGCGCAUUAUUAGAAAUGUGUCUCUGCCUCAUUCUCUUCUCUAGUUAAAGGGUAGUGCUGAGUUUCCAUGCAAUGAAUUAAGGAAACGUUACAUACAUGUAGAGUGAUUUCUUUUUUCAGUUGUUCUCAAUAGUUUUUUUUUUUGGUUUUAAAGCUUCUGUUUUUAAAUGAAGGUAAUCUACAGUGUACAUGUACCUACUAGUAUCUUUAAAUGCAAGUUAGUAUGCCUUUUCCCAACUAUUAAUUAGUAGAAUGGUAAUAUCUCUCUGCAUACCUUUGUUUAUAGGCAUGUUGUCUUCCACCUUUGAUCUUGAAGAAGAACUAGAAGAGCUACAUAAGAAACUUCAAAUAACGGAAGGUGAAUAAAAAUGGACUGUUAAAUUAAAUUUUGUGGUAAAACUAAACCAAGAAUGCUUUUAAAUACAUUUAGUUCUCAUUCAAAAUAUUUUUUUGAAAGGAAAUUUCACCCGAUUUAGUUUUCCCUCGCUCUGUGUUUUGCUAUAAGGGAAUAUUAAGAUGGUAGAGGCUGAGGAUGGUGAAAUAGUGUAUAAUGUUAAACUAAGUUUUAUCGGUGUUGAUCUUAAAUUAUGCCUUAAAAAACUGACAACUAUAUAGUUUAGAUAGAUUUUGUACAUCAUAUACAAUCAGUUAAUCGCAUGUUGGUUUGACCUGUUAUCGUGUCGCUAUUAAAAGUAACACCAUGAAUUUCACUUUGUACCCUACCCCUGAGGGUUGACUCCCAUUGCUAUGGACACCCUGCAGGGAGAUUAAAUGUCUGAAAUAGCGAAAAGUCUGUAAUAACGGGGUGUGAGAGAUAGGAAAUUGUUUUGUUUCUUAACAUAUGAAAUAAAGUUUCCAACGUGGCCUCACAAACGGGAAAGAGAUCUGGCCGCAAGCAGGAAAUUCUCUUGUUCACACCCUGUUGAAGAAUGGUUUCUUUUUUCUCCUUUUUCAUAAUGUCGCUUUAUAGUAUGUUUGUUAGGAUUUUGGAUGAAGCAUUAAGUGUCUGUUAUAGCAAGAGAAAAAAACGAGUGAAACUUCGUGUUGGGGGGCUUGAAAGUGUCUACAUUUCGGUAAAAGGAAGAGUCCGUUUUAAAGGGAAUUUAUUUCAGUCAUUUCUUCAUGCUUUUCCCCAGGGGCUGGCUCUUGUUUGCAGUGGCGAGGUGUCUGUAAUAGUGAGGGGUACGCAAGGCUAGAGUAAACUGUAGACUAAUCCAAAUUUGACAUUGUUUCAUUCUAUACUUUAGCUAAGGAUGGUAUAGAGUCGGCAUGUGGUAAAAAUACACAAUAGUUGUUUUCAACGAUGAUCGUGGAGUUAUAAUGAAGAACUUACACUGUUUUACUUUAAUAUGACAAUAAUUUGCUGUUUGCACAAGUAUAUCUGUUGCUAUCUUUUAUGUUUAAAGUCAGACACUGAAUUUUGAAAAGCUCUGUAUACCUUUACCCCCAGGUUCUCUCCACUCUCUCCCCACCACUGAUCUUAAGGAAAAGCUAGAGCAAGUAUUUGAGGAAACUGAGAUGCUGAGAAUGAUAGGUGAAUAGAAAAAUUCAUAUCUUGUCACUUUUUAGAGAGAUACUGGUACAAGAAUGCUAACAACUCUCCAUAAAGUUUGGUUAGGUUUAAAAAAUAAACUAAGAUAUUUAAUAGGUAAAAACCAAACAUUUUCGAAACCAGGUCAUCAUCAGGGUGAUGAUGACCUAGUGUCGAAAAUGUUUGCUUUCUAUAUUUUUUAAAUAUUUUAGCCAUGUAAAUAGCUCAAUGCCAUGAAAUGAAUUCAUAUUUUUUCCAGUAAACACUUUAAGAGAAAUGAUUCCCUACCUGAGAUAUUAACCAUUUUUUGUCUUUACUUUCAUCCAAGAAUGCUGUGAAAUGUUCUCAGCUGUUAUUCAGUAACUUUGUUUUGUUGAGGAAAAUGUUUUCAAUUCAGUUUUGUCUCUUAAUCCACAACUUCAGUUUAAGGUAGUAUUAAAUUAGCUGUGGCAUGUGAUAAUGAAAUAUUACUUAUAGAUAGGUUAUUUCACAAUGAUAUAAUAGAAAACUUGCAUCAUUGUUCUUUCACUUGACCUCGAUACACGUUAUCAUGCUUUAACUUUUUAUAUCAGGUGAGGCACUAAGUGCUAAAUAUAUUUCUGUGUACCUUUGCUCUCAGGUAAUUUUUCUGUCCUUAAACUUUCAACCAUUGAUCUUGAGAAAAAACUAGCUGAACUACGUAUGAAGCUUCAGAUGCUCAGAAUGGAAGGUGAAUAUAAAAUCAGAAAGAAAUGAAUCCAAGAAUGCCGUUAAAGGCUUCCACCCCCGUAUCGAAUUAUCACUUUUCAAGGAAAAUUAUUCCUUAUUUAAAAUAAUCUGUUAUCUGAUUUUAUUACUAUUGAUGAAUGCUUCCACUCCUUAUUCAAAUUAUACAUUUCAAGGGAAACUAUUCCUUAGUAAAGAUGAUCCCUCUUCCUUUAUAAUUAUUAAGUGAGAUAGUUAUCUAAUACUUUCAGUUCUUCACAUGAGCCUAGUACAAUGUGAAGUGUUUGUUAAAUGCCUGUUUUUAACCAUUUAUGCGAGGUAAGGCACUGAAUGCUAAAUACAGUGUAUCUCUCUGUUUACCUUUCCCUUCAGGUACUUUGCCUCCCCCUGAACUCUUUACUGCUGAUCUUGAAGAUGAACUAGAACUACUUGAAUAUCUUAUUUGGAUACUUAAAGAAAGAAAAAGAGAGAAAGGUGAGUGAAACAUGCGUAUUAACUCCGUUGAGCAGGGCAAAAGAAAUAUGGAAAGUAAUGUAAGGAAAUAGUUCCACUAGUAUUUCAGGCUUGAUUUUUUAAGUAACAAGCUGAAAGGUGACACACUACCUUUUAGUUUGUUAUAAAGGACUCCUAUUAUUUUCUCUCCAAUACCUAAGCCCUGCAUGCAACUUGCAAAACAUCUGCGCCGCUCAUUACGUGUUGAAGCAUUGAAUAAUGUGUAUUUACUCCAUAUUUAAGAUAACCCCUCUUCUUAUAUAAUGUUAUCAAUCAAGAAUGGUGUUUCAAAAUUCUUUAAACCAUUUUGCUGUUUACUUCUUCUCUCAGGUAGUUCACAUUCCCUUUUUUUUACCUCUGGAAAAGUAUCAAGGCUACGUCAGGAACUUAAGGAAGUCAAGAUGGAAGGUGAAUAUAUAAUGCACAUUUGGAGAAAAAACAAUUUUAGUAGAAUGAUAUUAAACGCUUCCACUUCUUUAUCGAAGUAUCUUUUUCCACGGAACUCCUACACGUGCAGUCUUUUUCUGCAGUAAUUAUUAACAACUGCAAUGCUCAUUGGAGGCCUAAGAUAUAAUUUACAUUACUACAUUGGCACCCAGCACUUAGAUUGAGACUGUUUUCACGAAUGGUAAAUCCUGGCAACCCAGCCAUCAGCCGUCAUGUAGUAAGGAGACAACCUCCCAUUGCACCAGAAAAAGAAAAUAGUAAAAGAAAGGAAACAAAAGCUCAGGGAAAAUUGAAUUUCCUCUAAGCGCGUGUUAAAAAAUAACUGGCCUCUGAGGAUAAGCUUAUCCUGGUCUUAGAAACUUUCAAAUUUUAGUACAUAUGCAAAAUUACAGGUACUGCUUCAUGUUAUGCGUAGUUUCGUGGUGCGUGCUUGCAGUGAACGGGAUUUGCAUGCACAUCAAGUGCGCGGUACCGUCGUGAAUCUUGGAUACAACUCUAGCAUUCUAUCAGAGUGGUUAGGCAUUUUUAAUCGUAUCUAUUUACAACCUUGAUGUGUUAAGACCCCGCAAGCGUCAAAUUGUGCUCUAAUUCAGAACAAGGUGUACACAUGCAGUUUUUAAAUUGAGUUUGUGUGUCGAACGUUGAGGAGCCUUUGUGUAAAUCACCUCAGAGUUACGAUGACCACAUCGCGUUACCAGAGGUUAUUAGCAUUUCCAUAUUGCUGCUUCAAUAGUGCAUGUAGUACUAAUGCAUGUCAGUGAACUGUAUUACAUGUAGGAGGGUCUCAAUGGGGCUAACCGUUAACCGUAAUAUAGCGAAAACAUUUUGCCGGUAGUCGUAAAAAUUGACGAAUUUCAACCGUAAGUCUUAACAUAACAUAACUGUUUAUUCGCAAUUCAAAUUUUAAUGAAAGGUAAAAAGGAAACAAAAGAGGUUACCCCUUUCAAGUUUGUCUCCUAAAAUAAUUAAAAAUUACAGGAAAAUAGUUCAAAAUUUCCCAGAAAAUUAGUAAAAUGGCGUCUGACUCUGCUCUUGAAAAUGUUCAGAGUUUCUGCCUCUGCAACUAUUUUAGGUAAAUUAUUCCAUUUAUUGACUAUACUUGCACAGAAAGAGUACUUAAAACUGUUUAGCUUUGCGGGCAAUGGUUUAAGUUUAUGGCGAUGGUUGGUUCUUAAUGGUCGAAAAUCAUGCGCAAAUGUAAAAUACUCCAAUGGGUGUAGCCCAAGACUGUUAGCCGUCUCAUAGCACUCGGUAAGCGAAGAAAAUAAUCUUCUCUGAUGUAGAGUUGGCCAUUUAAGGACCUUUAAGCGCUCUUCAUAUGACAUAUCUCGGGCAAUGUUUCUGAUUGCAUAUUUAGGUGUUCUGCGUCGCACUUUCUCUUAAAUAGCCGAGUCCUUUUUGAGGUGUGGAGACCACACUGGAGAGCAGUACUGGAGUAUUGGACGUACUAAACUCAUGUACAAUUUCGAGAACAAUUUAGGAAUCCUGUGGCCCUUUGUUCGACCUGUAAAUCGGAGCACGCUGUUUGCCUUGUUUUCAGGCUCCAUGAUAGAUUUGAUGUGAUGUGAAUUCCAAGAUCCUUAACUUAUUUAUUUAUUUAUUUAUUUAAGGAUUUGUACAAAGCAUGACCGGAGCAAAAACAAUAGGACAUAAGUCCCCUACUAGGUUUAAGCUCCAACCCAACCCCCUCCUAAAAUAACUUAAUAAUAUAAAUAGACUAAAUAGGCCGCGUGACAAGUGCACGCAACAAGGGUAUUUACCCGGCGACAUUUAGGACAAAUUAUUUUAAAGGUAAGAAAGUGGUCGCCAUCAAAAACGUUGAAACGACUUAAGUUUACGCUUACAAGAGUCAAUAGACUCAGCCUGCCCAACAUCAUUAGGUAUAUUGUUCCACAAAUUUACUAUCCUAUUAAAAUAGAAGUCGCGAAAUGUUGAUGUACGAUUUUUAUUAAUCUUUAAGUUCAGCCCUGAGCACGCUUGACGCGUCUGACUCGUAACAAAGGACAAAUAGUAAUUAAAUGAAUGAGUUAGAUCAGUAUGACCAUGAAGACAUUUAAAAAAAAAACUAAGUCGAGAUAUUCAAGCCAGUAACUAAGCGGCAAUAACUUAAGUUUGAUUGAGCGAUCCUUAUAAGAUAAGUUACUACUAUUUCUUUUUAGUAUAAAGCGUGUAGCUCUUCUUUGCACAUUUUCAACUAAGAAUAAAUUGCUGAUAACAGACUAAGGUGUCCAUAACUGAGUGCAAUAGCAAAAGUGCGAACGCACUAAGGAACAGUGAAGACGCAACAGCGGAACACUACCAACAAUUCCUGCGUAGCUCCUUCUAAUAAAGCCCAUUAACCUAUUUGCUUUAGCAACUAUCAUGAGUAUAUGAUCCUUCCAAGAGGUGUCACUUACGAUCACUACCCCCAAAUCUUUUUCAGUUGAGACAACCUCCACAUCUAUACCAUUUAUACUAUAGCUACGAUAUGAACUAAUACGCUUCCUAGAUAUACGCAGAUUACUGCACUUUGUAGGCUGAAAAUAGAAUUCAUUUGACAAGGACCAAGUUGUAAGCGAAACUAAAUCCUGCUGCAAUUUCGAAAAAUCAGCAUCAUUAUUUAUGAUCCUAUAACAUUUAGAAUCGUCAGCAAACAUAGCGAGCGUCACACUAUUAAUUACAUUUGGCAUGUCAUUUACAAAUAAUAAAAAGAGAAUCGGUCCUCGAAGUGACCCCUAGGAUACACCUGACCCAACGCCAGUCCAAUUACUGAAAGUUCCAUUUGUAACCACUCUUUGACGCCUUCCAGUUAGGUAUGAGUAAAACCAGGCGAAUAGUGGAUCAUCGAUUCCAAACGUUUUUAGCUUCAACACGAGCUUUGCCGGGCACACAGAAUCGAAAGCCUUGGCAAAGUCCAAGUAAAUUAUGUCUGAUUCUAACUUGCGGUCCAGUGCAUGACCAAUGUCAUAGAAUACUUCAAUAAGUUGAGUAACGCAAGACUUGCCCUUCUGAAAACCAUGUUGAAAAGGAUACAAGAUCUUCUUAACGUGAGGGACAAGGCGCGAGGCCACACACUGCUCCUGAACUUUAGAGAUCACUGGAAGUAACGACACGGGGCGAUAAUUUUCGACAAAUUCUCUUUUCCCUCAACUAUAACGUUAGAUUACAAAGGGUUAACCAAAGAAAUGUUUCUUUUAAACUCCUUAACAAGAAAAAGUUAGCCCUAAUAUGGCCAAAAUUUUAACCGUUAGCCGUAAAAGCCAUCACCCCAUUGAGACCCUCGUGUAGCUCGUGCAUUAAAGAACUUUUGCAUGAAUGUUCCAUGUUGGAAACGAUCGACAAAACGUGUUGGUGGUAUCUUUAAAUGAUAAAUUUAAAUUUGACCCCAAGCUUGUCUGUGAUCUUUCACAGUUAAUGACAACAUUGACUCUUACGUUGUCUUUUAAGUAGUUCCUCAUUUUAAUAAUUUCUCUGAACUGAGAAUGUCACCUUAAGUACUAAAAUAGUUUGUCUUUUUGUGUCCUUCAUGAUAGCAUCAAAGAACGCCAUGUAUCCGACCAUUAGAUCAGGACUGGCGAAGUUUGAUGUCAGCUUACCCGAGGAACUCCAGAACUAUGUCAGCUACUUAUUAAAUGAGUCAGCCAAACUUCACUUCCGCAAGCAAGGUACUUAACAUUGUUAAAAUAAGCUUGUAUUGGCUUUGAAACAUAUGUCCAGCUAUCUAUAUUCGGUGGUAAGACUAUUGAGAAAUGCUGGGUUUGUGUAAUGGUCAAGGAAUUUUUCUUUUAACCCAGAUUUGUGAUCUUGUGUUGGGUUUUUCUCUUUCUCAGUAGACCUGGUACCUUUACAUAAUCAUCAAAUGACCUGCGCGGUCUAAUGCCCGUUCCUUAUAAGAAAAGAAAAGAUUUAUAAAUAAACCCCUUUAUGAAGGCCAUGCCUGGUUGCCCUGGCAGGGGCAUUAAAAGCUGCGGGGCCAAGCGUGCGUCCAUGCGAGAAGAAAGUAGAAUGGGUAGAGCGGCGUUCAUGGAAUAAAAAUCUGAUUGACUGAGUAAGAUCAGGCCGGACCGACAUGACCCUCCUACUCAGUCCAUAAGUAUAUAGAAUUCUGAUGUUAAAGCUGGUCGCUUAUGUGGUGUAACUUUAGUACUUUAUGAUCGUGUUUUCAAGAAAAAGACGUCUCUUUCCAUUUAUCAACACUAAUACUUUGUUGUUAUGUUUGCAAAGUGAAAACAAUUUUUUUCUCUUGUGUUCUUGAAAAUAUUCUGAAAUUUUAAAACCAGAUUUGGGAAAAAACAACAACAGCAUGCAACUUUUCUCGCACGCAUUUUCGACUCUAAGAGUUUUAGAUUACUAAUGGGGUAAAGAUAAUAUUGGAAUAAAACUUUAUGACAAUGAUUUACACCUUCGCAAAUGAUUUGCUGACAUUUUAAGACUUCUUGGAAAACAAAAAGAAAAAGGGCCUAGCUUAAUGUUUUUGGUAUCGCACGACCUUUAUUGUUCAUUCUGUCCGUCUCCUUGUUUUCCCAACUGGUUUCCUUUUACUUGGGAUGAUUCAACAAUAAGUCGAAACACGGAGACUCGAUUUUUUCUUGUUUCCAAUUUGUUUAGGUAUUUUUUGUCAGUUUUUAGACAAAAACAAUGUAAAGGUAGUUUUUUUCGCUGUAAUGUUUUCAAGUAAAAAUUAAUAUUUCUUUUGUUUUAAUCCUUUAGUACUCCAACCACCUCGUGCCUUAGAGGAAUUACGAGAAGCAAUGGAUAAAGACGAAUUGAUAGCAUUCCUUACUAUUCACAUCAGAGAAGGUGCAUGGCAGGUGGUGCUGCUGUUUACGGAUGAGCUCCCCAGGGUUAAACUACCACGGGACUGGUGUGGUAUAAUUCAUAACGAGGACAAGGACGAGGAGGUGUCUAAUGAAGUGAUAUACAGUUCGACUUCAGGCAUAUUGAAUGGGUGGCCGAGUAACCAUUCAAUGGAGUACGACCCUGAUUUGAUAACACUGUGUAAAGCGAUCACUAACAGGGACUGGAAAGUAACCAGAUUAAUUCUCUCAAGGAGUCGGAUAUCUGAUGAAGGUUUGAAGAACUUGAGUACAGCGCUUCCUCAGAGUGAACUUUACAGCUUGACACUGAAUGGCAUUGGUUUACAAAGUCAAGGAUUAAAAUACCUGUGUGAAGCGCUGAUCAGUAGUGACUGCCAUUUAACCACUUUAAACGUCAGUGAGAAUAGGUGGGGAGACGAAGGAAUCGUAUACUUGUGUAACGCACUAACCAGCAUUGACUGUACAUUAACCAGCUUAAACGUCAGUGACAAUACGUUAGGAGACGAAGGAAUCAUGCACUUGUGUAACGCGCUAACCAGCGUUAACUGCAGAUUAACCACCUUAAACGUCAGUAAGAAUAGGUGGGGAGACGAAGGAAUCAUGCGCUUGUGUAACGCGCUAACCAGCGUUAACUGCAGAUUAACCACCUUAAACGUCAGUGAGAAUAGGUGGGGAGACGAAGGAAUCGUAUACUUGUGUAACGCACUAACCAGCACUGACUGUACAUUAACCAGCUUAAACGUCAGUAACAAUUGGUUAGGAGACGAAGGAAUCAUGCACUUGUGUAACGCGCUAACCAGCAGAUUAACAAGCUUAAACGCCAGUGACAUUCGGUGGGGAGACAACGGAAUUAAACACUUGUGUGAUGCACUUACCAGCAGUAACUGUGUGUUAACCAAAUUGAAAAUCAGUUUUAUUAGAUUAGGAGAUGGAGGAAUCAAAGAAUUGUCUGAAUUUUUAACCAACGGAUCCUGUACAUUAACAAGUUUAGACAUACGCGGCAAUGAAUUUGGAGAUGAAGGAAUCAAGUACCUGUGUAAGGCCUUGACUGAUACCAACUGCAAACUACAGCGCUUAAACCUCCGCGCAAAUUGGAAUGUAACAGAUGAAGGCGAAAAAUAUUUGUCUCAAAUGUUAACUGGUACUGAUUGGGAAGUUAGAGGAGCACAACUUUCCCGUUCAACUACAAAGUAGAUCAAGUAACAAGUCAGAGUCACAGAGACCUGACAGGUUCCCCCUGUUACGUUUCGCUUGUCAUGAAAUAAAUUCCAUUUUUAUAAAUGACAACUUAGAGAUUAUUGUUCAAGGUGCUUAAUUCGAUAACUGACCUUCUAGUCACUAUCACUUGUUGAACGGAGUAUUAAAAAUGACCAGCAGUGAGGCAGCCGAAACAUCGCGAUCAAGAAUUGAAGAAUGACUCGGUAUCAUGACACAAAUGAUUAUUAAACGUUCAUUGUUGGAUAGACGAAUUUCACUGUUUUAAAAAUUAGACUAUAAAUGCAACUGUAAUUUCGUAUAAAGGAUCUGUUGGUAACAGUGUCAAAAAUUUUGUAAAAAAUGUUUUAGCUACAGGGUUAUACUGGUGCUUCAGCUGUAAUAAGAUGCCAAGAAUAUUGAAUGAUAUUUUAAUAACCUAUCUAAAGAAUAUCGUUGUCUACUAAAAGAAAACUUUGAAAAGACUACAGGAAUAAGUGACGUAUAAAUGAAAUAACAACAUAUUUCCUCAAGUUUUUUUAAGGCUUUCAUAUUUUUUGGUAGUAGACUCCAAGAGUAUAAUGUUUAAGCUUCAUUUAAAUAUUUGGAAUGUUUUUUCCUGCCUUGUUCAUUUUCGAAGCCAAAUGUAGGCGUUGUAAAACCAAUUGUAUUCUCGUUCAAAUUAGUUUAUUUAGACUUUACCUAGUAAGUAAUUUACGCAAAGCUUGUACUCUAACUCGUAAUUUUUUCAUCCUAGUAGAUGAUUUUAUGAAGAGCGGAGUUUUGUAAUACUCCUAAAUUACAUACGAAUGGUAGAAAAUUGUUUCAGUACGGGUUACGUAGUCAAUGUAUACUCCCUUUUUCAAUUUGCCGGAAUAGUUUAGAAUGUAAUGUAGAUGUAAUCUAAUCGAUAAUAUUUAAGUUAUUGUUCCAAAAUUCUCAACUCUCAGUAGAAAUCAUAUUUUACAUAUAUAUUUGAUAUUUUUUAAAGGACCACACUAAACUGCGAAGUAUAUUAGCCAACGACAUUGAAUAUGUGAAAGGACUGCAGUUAAAUUUAAUAAAUGUGGUUUUGUUUUUUUACGAUCCCAUCUUUUACUGAAUCCGUCAAUAGAGCCUUAAUGAAAGAAACACGGGCUAAAACACACGUAUCCGUUUUAUUUGGACACGAAGGUUCUUUUCCCGUUUGUAUUUGGUCCAGGAUGAAUAGAAGUAACUCCUUCCAUGGUCAAAAGCAAAACUCUAAAUGGCUUGCGCAAGAGCCUAGUUUAGGGGGUUCUUUGUGUGGAAGUGUCGAGUAAUUUCGAUAGGCAGGAACACUUUUCCAUAAAACCAAAACUAAAACUUCCAGUCAAAUCUGCCGAGUAAACAGUGACACUAACUCUUUGGGAAAUUUCUGUAAAAGGCUCUUAUAAACUGAAAAGGAAAUCAAUUUUUUAUUGUGACGUUACUCGUUCUCCACUUCUUCCUUUCCACUAAACCUUAUGUACAAAAGAAAAAAAUGCACAGAUCUAGAGAUUGCUUCUGUUCUUUGACAGAGCCUACAAUUCACAGCAAAUAGACGCUGGGUAUUCUCAGCCAGAAAAGGGAAAGGAAAAUCAAACGCACGUACCAAGCCAAAAGGAACCUCGUCGCGCUAGACUUAUCGUUAAAGCUUAUUCAGUCCUCCCUCUGAAUUUCUAAACCCCUCCCCCUCGAAAAAAAUCAAAGUGCUCUGUGAGCAAACUCGUGAAUUGACAGAUGCCUUACAUGAUUUUUUGAAUCAUGUUUAAUGUUAUCUGGUUUAGGGAAUUUUGUGGUUGAUUGUCAUAUUUAGAGUACGAGCAGUAGUUCAGUGUUCGCUAAUGUAGCAAAGAAACAAAGUAACGUUGGGGUAAGAAGGCAUUACGAUUGAAAUGAUCAUGCUAUUACAUUUGACAAUGGUGGAUGAUGUGUUUUACAUAUAUCAUUUUUGUUUCUGGUUCAAAAGAAAAGGUUGGAAGUAAAUGUGGGUGAAAAGUGAAAUUUACUGUCUAUCAUUGUAAAUAUUGGAAAAUCAAGGCAAUACUUGCUUAAUGAAAAUAUCAGUGAUUCCCUCUUUAUCAAAUGAGACAAACGGGAACGAGUUUUGAGUGAUAUAACUAAGCCCAGACUGUCACCGUCAUUUUGGAUUUCCGUCUGGGUAGAUUUUGGUCACGUGCUAGGCAACGUAUAAUCAAGAACGAGAUGGAAUUUCAUUCCAGGCCUAUUCAUCAAUUUUGUGGUGUAUAACUUUCGCAUUUUAGUACGUAAUAUUUAUUUUGAAUCUUCAAAUUGUCUUGAAACCAUCACCCAUACUUGGAUAUUGACGAUACUGAGAAUCCCAAGUUACCGCCAUGGAGCAAUUCAAGAUAAUUUGCGUCUUCAUCGAUAAUACAGUAAAGCCUUCUCCUUUCGCACCCACUUCAUGUUUUUCUGGCGCAAUUUUAAUGAAUGAAUAAGACAGGUCACAAUCAUGUCUCUUCAAUUUCCAGUUUCGAUUGAUGUUUAAUUGUAGAGAAGAGUGUCAGUGUACGGCGAUAGAUUAAGCAUCGACCAGCGGGUAUAUAUUUUAUCCAUCGAGCAUGCGCAGGUAAAUGGCCGCUCGCUCGCAUCUUAAGUUUUCUUCAUGCCUUCUUCUUUUUGUCACUCAUGUAUGGGCAAGAUAACUUUUUGAACCAGCAUAUGAAUGCAAUUUCACGAAAAUAUUUCCAGAGCAAAAGUAUGACUACAGCUCUUUUUUUGGCUAUGAUUUUAUUCUUCGCUAGCCGUUUGUUUGAUUUUUUUGUUUGUUUAUUUUUCCAGCUGAAAUCCAUUCUGUUUGCAUUGACAACAUUAUGAAGUGUAGAAUUCCAUUUAUUUUUUCUGUUUUCGGUUUAUUUAUCUAUUCUCAUGCGUUAAUUUAAUUUCAAUUACAUUUGUUUUUAUUGACUUUCGCCGAUCUUCUUUUCAUUCUUAUCAUCUGACCAGAUCGUGGUUUAGAUGCUUAAUUCAAGUAAAACAAAAUGAGUACAAGGAGAUUGUUGUUGGAGACUGUUAACACAUUCAUACUAGUUGUCUAUGUUGUCAAACAACAUUAAGUCGAAGCGCUGAGGACCAGUUAUUUGAACUAAGUGUAGCUGUUGUUUAACAAAACCGUGUCCUAAGCCAUCUUCAAUUUGGCCGAAAGUUUUAUUUGAACAUUUAUUUUUGUGAACAGUGUCAAGAGGGCCGAAAGCUAAUAGUGAAAGGGCAUUUAUGUAAUAAAAUCAACUCUCUCUUAGAGAAUGCCUGAGGCCCCUUGCUUCCGUAAAACCGCGGUAUGCGUUAGACCUCGUAUAAUUAACCGGCCCCGAAACUCGUAAUUCUCAGGUAAUAUCUUAACACCACUCUCUAUUGUCCAAUUUGCCGAAGUAUUUUUUGUGGUUUGUCAGUCUUGAGACAAAAAUAAAAACAAAAAAUCUGGAACGGUGUUUUUUCGCAAUUUUUUUUUCAAGUAAAGUGCUAAUAUUUCUUUUGUUUUAAUCAUUCAGUACUCUAAUCGAAAUUUCGAGAA